UGACAUCGAUAGUGGUUGCUAAAAAGCUAUAUAAACUUUCGUCAACCAAUAGAUAACCCAAAAUGGGGUUCAGAAUAUUUUGAAAUCUGUUGUGGAGAUUACGUCCAGUGAAGCGAAGUGUGAGCAAUACAACUAGCGUUAUAAGAACCUAUUGCUUAUUCUUCUAAAACCUCGCAAAAUGUUGAUGCAAAAAGCUGCUCUCAGUCUUAAAAAAGCUGCCGAACGCGUGGUGAACACAAAAUGGAACUUAACACCGCUUCCCUUGCGACUAGAAAGACCAGUACCAAGCGACAUCCGCAUUGCGCGGUCCCAACAGCCCAAAAACAUCCUAGAACUGGCUAGCGAAAUAGGACUGCAACCGAACGAAGUUUCACCGUAUGGAACAACGAAAGCAAAAAUUUCGCUAUCGGUGCUGGACAGAUUACAGGGCGAAAAAAACGCAAAAUAUGUGAUUGUUGUGGGCAUAACUCCCACACCCCUAGGAGAGGGUAAAAGCACAACUUUGGUUGGUUUAGCUCAAGCUCUCAAUGUCUACAAGGGAGUAAACGCCUUUGCUACUUUGCGUCAGCCGUCACAAGGACCAACUUUCGGCAUAAAAGGAGGUGCGGCCGGUGGUGGUUAUGCCCAAGUUAUCCCAAUGGAGGAAUUUAACUUACAUUUAACGGGGGAUUUUCACGCCCUCACGGCUGCAAACAAUUUGCUAGCAGCCCAGUUAGAUGCAAGGAUGUUUCACGAAGCUACGCAAAAAGAUUCGGUUUUGUACGACCGCCUGGUUCCCACAAUUAAAGGAACGCGGCGAUUUUCCGACAUUCAGUUACGGAGACUCCACAGACUUGGCAUAAAUAAGACCGAUCCGAACGCAUUAACUGACGAGGAAAGAGCUAGAUUUGCGAAACUGGACAUAGAUCCGGAGCGAGUUAUUUGGACCCGAGUUUUGGAUACCAAUGACAGGUACCUCCGAAAAAUUACCAUUGGCCAGUCUUCCACCGAAAAAGGGAUAAGCCGAGAGACAAGUUUCAAAAUCACAGUCGCGAGCGAACUUAUGGCAAUCCUGGCUCUAGCCAGGAAUUUGCAGGAUUUUAAAAGACGAAUAGCGUCCAUGGUCGUUGCUUUCAACAGGGAGGGUAAUCCCGUGACGGCCGAUGAUUUGGGAGUAACGGGUGCCCUUAUGGUGCUUUUAAAAGACGCCAUCCAACCCAAUCUAAUGCAAACGCUGGAAGGUUCCCCUGUUUUAGUGCACGCGGGGCCUUUUGCCAACAUAGCCCAUGGCUGUUCGUCAAUUUUGGCCGAUAAAUUAGCCCUGAAACUAGCAGGAGAGGACGGUUAUGUCCUCACUGAAGGAGGGUUUGGUUCCGACAUCGGAAUGGAAAAACUACUGAACAUCAAGUGUCGCACCUCGGGAGACAUCCCCGACUGUGUGGUCCUAGUCACCACGAUACGGGCGCUCAAAAUGCACGGUGGGGGCCCUGCUGUGACCCCCGGAGCCCCCCUCAAGCCCGAAUACACAAGAGAGAACCUCGAACUGGUAAAAAGGGGCCUCCCCAACCUGACUAAACACAUAAGCAAUGGCAACAAGUUUGGGCUUCCUGUCGUGGUUUGCAUCAAUUCGUUUGAAACUGAUACUGAAGCUGAGAUCCGGUUGGUUAAAGACGAGGCUCUGCGAAAUGGGGCUUUCGGGGCUGCUGUGAGCACCCACUGGGCGGAAGGCGGCGCUGGGGCCGCAGAUUUGGCGGAGCUGGUCAUGGAUGCUUGUGAGGAAGAGAACAAUUUUAAAUUUCUAUACAAUUUGGACGCGUCCUUGGACGAGAAAAUCCAAAUUAUUUCGAGGGAAAUGUACGGUGCCAAAAACGUGCUAUACACCCCGGAAGUGACGCAAAAAAUGAAAAUGUAUGAGGAGAAAGGCUACGGCAAUUUGCCCAUCUGUAUGGCCAAAACUGCUGCGUCCCUUACGGGAGAUCCGAGUAUUAAAGGGGCGCCCACGGGUUUUGAUCUGAAGAUAAACGAUGUGAGCUUGUCAGCGGGGGCUGGUUUUGUGGUGCCGAUUGUAGGAGAGAUUUCGACAAUGCCAGGUUUGCCAACGCGGCCUGCGAUUUACGAUAUCGAUAUAAAUACGGAAAGUGGUGAAAUUGAAGGACUUUUUUGAAUCAUUUAUUAGAGGUGUUUAUCUCAAAAAAAGUAUUUUGUGUUUAUUUAAAUAAUUUGUAACAAAGGAACAAAAAAGUGAAUUGAAAACAUAAUGUAAGAACUAAUCCUAAGCAAAAUAAAGUAUUACAAGGCAAA